UUUUUUGAAUUUAUUUAUUAAAUCUUCAAAUUCAUCACAUCUCCCUCUUUUUCUCUCCCCAUCUCCCCAUCUCACUGGGGUUCUGCUCGGUUUCAGAACUCUCUCGCAGAUCGGAAUGCGGGUAAAGGAAAUGCAUCCCUUGUGUUGCAUCUCACUGGAGAGCCCUGGGAUCGGGGACCGGUCACCGGAGGUUUCCGCGACGAGAAGCGGUUUUUUGGGGGGUUCUACUGCCACUUACGGUGGAUCUGACUGCUAUGUCGGAAGGGAGACGGGAUCUGAUGUUAAUGUCGCCGGGCUUCUUUACAAGUGGACGAAUUACGGUAAGGGAUGGAGAUCUCGAUGGUUUUGCUUGAGAAAUGGCGUCCUUUCUUACUCCAAGAUUCGGCGAUCGGAGAGUCUCAAUAUGUUGUCGACGAGCGAUGACGUUCGACUUAUCGGAGAUGUUUCUUCCGAUCGCCUUUCACGCCUUGACAGUGUAGGGAGAAGAAAGCAACAGAAAGCGACUGGUGUUGUUCAUCUAAAGAUUUCAUCAUUUCGUGAGAGCAAGUCUGAUGAUAGACGAUUCUACAUAUUCACUGCUACGAAGACUCUUCAUCUCCGAACUGAUUCAAAGAAAGAUCGUGUAUCUUGGAUUAAUGCAUUAGUCUCUUCAAGGAACCUAUUUUCCCUGAGACCAUUGAAUGAUAAACUUUCCCUUGUUCCUAAUGAUUUAUCCAUAUCAACGGAGAAGCUUAGAAGUCGCUUGCUCGAAGAGGGAACCAGUGAGAUAGUUAUCCAGGAAUGUGAGAAGAUUAUGCUGUCAGAGUUUUCAGAGUUACAAGCACAAUUUAAAGUUCUUUGUGAAGAACGAUCUAAUUUGCUUGACACAUUAAGACAGCUGGAGGCAGCUAACAUUGAAGUUGAGACCCCUGGAAUACAUGAAAGCCAGUUCCAGCUAACAAAGCAUGAAUUUUCAAGCCUUGGACAUGGAAAAUAUAGUGAAUACAGCACAACUGAAUCAUCUGAUGAUAUUGAAAAACAAGAGCUCGAGGAAAUCUCAGAGGAUGAAGAGACUUCUUUUUUUGACACUAGCGAGUAUUUUAGUGAUUCUCCUUCUAAUUGUUGGUCUGUAACGGGAAUGGAAAACACUGUGUUGAGCUGUAUGAUACCUGGAAACACCUUGGAUACUUUGGAGAAGGUGCAUCCUGAGAAAGAAUUUGACUACAUUUUCCCUCACAUUGAAAGGCGAAAGAAACUUCCUGUUCCAGUUGAGAAAGAGAAAGGUGUUAGCCUUUGGUCAAUGAUCAAAGACAAUGUUGGAAAGGAUCUCACAAGAGUAUGUCUCCCAGUUUACUUCAAUGAGCCAAUAUCAUCUCUGCAGAAAUGCUUUGAGGACUUGGAAUACUCUUAUCUUCUGGAUCGAGCAUAUGUCUAUGGGAAAAAGGGGAACAGUCUUCUAAGAAUUCUGAAUGUGGCUGCAUUUGCUGUAUCUGGAUAUGCCUCCUCUGAGGGUCGACACUGCAAGCCUUUCAAUCCUUUGUUGGGAGAAACCUAUGAAGCUGAUUACCCUGAUAAAGGGAUUCAUUUCUUCUCUGAGAAGGUUAGUCAUCACCCUACGGUUAUUGCCUGCCACUGUGAAGGCAAAGGAUGGAAAAUCUGGGGUGACAGCAACCUAAGGACAAAAUUUUGGGGGAGGUCAAUUCAGCUUGAUCCUGUCGGUGUGUUGACCCUGGAGUUUGAUGAUGGUGAGAUCUUCCAGUGGAGCAAGGUCACAACAAGUAUCUACAAUCUCAUCCUUGGUAAAGUGUAUUGUGAUCACCAUGGGACAAUGCAUAUACAGGGUAACCGUCAAUAUUCUUGCAAACUCAAGUUCAAAGAACAGUCCAUCCUUGACCGUAAUCCUCACCAGGUGCAAGGAUAUGUUGAGGAUGUCGUGGGGAAUAAAGUUGCCACCUUAUUUGGAAAGUGGGAUGAUAGCAUGCAUUACAUCAGUGGUGAUGGUGUUGCCAAGUCCAGGAGUAGUAAUUUGCCAUCAGGGGCCUCCCUUUUAUGGAAAAGUAGCAAACCACCUCCUAAUCUCACUCGGUACAACUUAACAUCAUUUGCAAUCACAUUGAACGAACUGACACCCGGACUACAGGAGAAACUUCCACCCACGGAUUCAAGACUUAGACCGGAUCAACGGCAUCUAGAGAAUGGGGAAUUCGAGAGGGCGAAUGCAGAGAAGUUGCGUUUAGAGCAGAGGCAGAGGAUGUCCAGGAAAUUACAAGAAAAUGGUUGGAAGCCAAGAUGGUUUGAGAAAGAUGGUGAGAAUGGGUCUUAUCGUUAUGUGGGCGGUUACUGGGAAGCAAGGGAGCAAAGAAGAUGGGAUGGAUGCCCAGAUAUAUUCGGUGAAUUUAAGGAAGGGAUGGCCGUGUAAUGCAUGUGUAUAGUGUGUAAGAUUAUUAACAAUGCAGACAGAUUGAGAUACUGUACGGGGAAAGACGAUGACUCUUGAAAUGUUGGGAGUCUGAGGGGGGAGAGUUUACUGAUUACUUGUUUUUUAUUUUUGUUUUUGUCCAUUUAAUUGAAAUUUGAAUCAUAGGUCUUUAGAGAAUUAAUCCCCAAUGAUUUGAUUACUGGAAUUUUCUUGUAGUGAUGUAAGGUCAAUUUCUCAAGUAUCCACUUUAUAUAUAUGCCUUUGAUUAUAAUGAAUCUGGCAGGCUAUUUUGUAAACUAUUUCUGUAUUGACCUCAUUUAGAAUCUUUUUUUGUAAUAUUUUGAAUAAAAGGAAAUUUAUAGGCAUUCUUGA